CGCUCAUAAUAUCCGUGGUCAGGCGCAUGAGAUAUUCGUAUCAUGGAUACAGAAAUCAGAGGACGCAUCAGCAGCUGGCCUUGAAAUUGUUCUUGAACCGCAGGUCCCAACGAACCUGUAAGGUACAAUUCUUCUAUGCUGCUAAGGUAUCCGAUGGAUCGUCACUGUUUGGUUCCUGCUCCUCUGCACCCGCAGUCCAGUCAAAACCUUUUUCGCGAGUAUCAACUUCGACGUCUCACUUGACAGGUAGAAGAAGCAUCGAUGCAACAAGCAGAGAACCAACUGCCCCCACCGCCUGCGCCAUCAACACGCGAUCAACAAGUGUAA